AUGAGUCAAUCAGAUAACCAGCCAGAGCGUCGCCCUGACAACGAAAUCGACCCCGAGCGCUUGGAUGUGCUGAUCCAAAGAGCCCAGGAAGCCAUCUCUAAAGACGAGAAGGAAGUGCCAGCAUUUUGGAAGUCCAAAUACAAGAAAGAAGCUGCAAAGAACUGGGAUCUGUUCUACAAGCGCAAUACUACAAAGUUCUUUAAAGAUCGUCAUUGGACAGAUCGUGAAUUCAGAGAGCUUGCAGAUCAAACCAAAGAACAGCAAUGCCUGGAAGUGGGAUGUGGUGUGGGCAACUUUGUGUUUCCUCUGCUAGCAGACAAUCCCCGCAUGUUUAUCUAUGCGUGUGAUUUCUCUAAGCGUGCUGUGGACAUGGUGAAAUCAAACGAGCAUUACUCUGAGGAUCGAUGCAAAGCAUUUGUGUGCGAUUUGACAGCUGAUGCAUUGACAGACACUAUCCCUGCCAACUCGCUGGAUUUGGUGUCUGCCAUUUUCGUCUUCUCAGCCAUUCCGCCAGAAAAGAUGAGCACGGCCAUCAAGAAUAUAUACAGCGUAUUGAAGCCUGGAGGACAUGUGCUGUUCCGAGAUUAUGGCAUCUACGACGAAGCGCAAAUCAAGUUCAGUGCAGCAUCGGAUAAGCGACUCGACAGCAAUUUCUAUGUGCGUCAUGACGGCACCAUGAGCUACUUUUUCUCCAAAGAAGACCUGCAAGCCAGAUUUGAAGCAGAGCAAUUCAAAACAAUAGACUGUCAGUACAUAUAUAGAGAGACCAUCAACCGUGGUAUGGAAAAGAGAAUAGACAGAAUCUUUGCUCAAGCAAAGUUCCAAAAGCAAUAA